AUGGUGCGACAAAGAAAAGCCAGCCAAUCAGUGGCAGUCGUGUGGGGGGUACCAGUACAGAGUCAAUGUGGAGGCUAUAUACAGGGGGUACCGGUACAGAGUCAAUGUGGAGGCUAUAUACAGGGGGUACCAGUACAGAGUCAAUGUGGAGGCUAUAUACAGGGGGUACUGGUAAAGAGUCAAUGUGGAGGUUAUAUACAGGGGGUACCAGUACAGAGUCACUGUGGAGGCUAUAUACAGGGGGUACCAGUACAGAGUCACUGUGGAGGCUAUAUACAGGGGGUACCAGUACAGAGUCAAUGUGGAGGCUAUAUACAGGGGGUACCAGUACAGAGUCACUGUGGAGGCUAUAUACAGGGGGUACCAGUACAGAGUCAAUGUGGAGGCUAUAUACAGGGGGUACCGGUACAGAGUCAAUGUGGAGGCUAUAUACAGGGGGUACCGGUACAGAGUCAAUGUGGAGGCUAUAUACAGGGGGUACCAGUACAGAGUCAAUGUGGAGGCUAUAUACAGGGGGACCAGUACAGAGUCAAUGUGGAGGUUAUAUACAGGGGGUACCAGUACAGAGUCAAUGUGGAGGCUAUAUACAGGGGGUACCAGUACAGAGUCAAUGUGGAGGCUAUAUACAGGGGGUACCAGUACAGAGUCAAUGUGGAGGCUAUAUACAGGGGGUACCAGUACAGAGUCAAUGUGGAGGCUAUAUACAGGGGGUACCAGUACAGAGUCAAUGUGGAGGCUAUAUACAGGGGGUACCAGUACAGAGUCAAUGUGGAGGCUAUAUACAGGGGGUACCAGUACAGAGUCAAUGUGGAGGUUAUAUACAGGGGGUACCAGUACAGAGUCAAUGUGGAGGCUAUAUACAGGGGGUACCAGUACAGAGUCAAUGUGGAGGUUAUAUACAGGGGGUACCAGUACAGAGUCAAUGUGCGAGGGCCUUUGGUUAGUCGAGGUAAUUGAGGUAAUAUGUACAUGUAGGUAGAGUUAUUCAUGCUGCUCUGGUGGCAAAGGGAGGUUCGACCCGGUACUAGAUGGACGGACCUAAUAAACUGGCCGGUGAGUGUACAUGUAUAUAUCUCUUCAGAUCAGAAACAGCUUAUCUGUUAUCUACAGUCACAGUGAGAGCUGUCCCUGGCCCAAGUAGUGCACUAUAGAGAGAACAGGGUGCCAUUUCAAACACAUACCCUGUGUCUGUACCCUAGAACGAGUAAGACGAUCGUCGUGGCGGGACAAACUAAGGGCAAGCAAUAGAGUGUCUGAUGGAACGGGGAAAUACCGCGUGUCCACACGCUACUGCAGCUAUCUGUCUACACUACCACAUCUGCUGGUUUCUGUUCUCACGCUACUGCAGCUAUCUGUCUACACUACCACAUCUGCUGGUUUCUGUCCUCAUGCUACUGCAGCU